UGACUCCGCUCCCUGGUACGGUCCAAGUUCAUCCACCACACAGGUCCAGCGGAUCCACUGGGGUUCCUGUCUUCUGAAACGGCCGCUUCAAUAUGGAGUCUACGGAGGUGAAAAAAUCGGAAGAAGGCUGGUUUGAAUUUUAUGGCUCCUUCACAGAGUUGUUUGAGUUCUUCUGCGAUAACACCACCAUCCACGGCACGAUCAGACUGAACUGCUCCAGGAGGAAUAAAAUGAAGACCGGCUUUUGGGUUGUCCUUUUCUUUUGCUCCUUUGGGAUGAUGUAUUGGCAGUUUGGAGACGCCGUCAACCAAUAUUGGGCCUAUCCAGUUAAGAUAGCUAUUCAGAUACAGUCCAAGAAAAAUAUAUUUCCUGCCGUCACUGUCUGCAAUCUUAACCCUUACAGGUUUGGACAGGUUAAUGAAUAUCUUAACCAGCUGGAUCAUCUGGCAGAGGAAACACUGAGCACGAUGUAUGGUUACAAUGGUUCCCUGCAUUUAUUCAAGGAAAGAGAAAUUAUUGAUCUUGAGGACAUCAUGAAUAAUAUGACUAUUACAGACAAUGGAACUUUUCGUUUAGACAAAUCAAUAUGUCUGAUGAAAAUUACUACGGAGGAUGGGACCCAAAACACUACCAGAUCAAGGCAAAAAGUGGGAUUUAAACUGUGUGAUUCUUCUGGGAAAGACUGCUACAACCGCUCAUUCUGGUCAGGAGUGGAUGCACUUCAUGAGUGGUAUAAGUUCCAUUUUAUGAACAUCAUGUCCGAAAUCCCCUUGGUGCUUCAGAUACCGGAUAGGUUGGUGAAGAAGUUCAUUUUGACUUGUGACUUCAAUGGAUUCAUAUGUGACAGUAAUUACUCAUAUUUUCACCACCCAACCUACGGUUCCUGCAUUACUUUACAUGGAAACAUGAAUGACAGCAAACUAUGGACAGCAAUACAUCCUGGCAAGAUGUACGGAUUGUCCUUGAUCCUUAAAACAGACCAGAAUGAUAACAUGCCCAUUUUGUCGAGUGCAGCGGGGGCUAAAGUCAUGAUUCACAGCCCUGACCAGUCCCCUUUGGCAGAGCAUGAAGGGUUUGAUAUAUGGCCCGGGACCGAGACUUCAAUCAGUAUUAAACAGGAUCAGGUGAAUCGCUUGGGAGCACCAUACAGUGAAUGCACUUUUGAUGGUAGCGAUUUAGGUUUCCAGCUGCUGUACAAUUCUUCAUAUACACAACAGACUUGUCUACAAUCUUGUUUCCAAUUCAAAAUGAUAGAGAAGUGCGGGUGCGGAUAUUACUUUUAUCCAUUGCCUCCGGGGACGGAGUACUGUGACUACAACAAGCAUACUGGAUGGGGAUAUUGCUUUUAUCGACUGUAUAAGAAUCUGCUAGAUCACACUCAUGACUGUUUUAAGAAGUGCCCAAAGCAGUGCAGUGAAACAAUGUAUCAGCUGUCAGCAGGCACUGCUAAAUGGCCAACAUCUGUGUCUAAGGACUGGGUGACCGGAGUACUAUCCAAUAGGACUGGCUACAACAGGACUAGUAAUAGAAAUGAUAUUGCAAGGCUAAAUGUAUAUUUCCAAGAACUGAAUUUCCGCUCAUUCGACGAAACCCCUGCAAUAAACAUUUUCAAUCUGCUGUCUACUAUGGGGAGCCAAUGGAGUUUCUGGUUUGGAUCUUCAGUGCUGUCAGUGGCCGAGCUGGCAGAGUUGGUGUUUGACGUGGCCGCCAUGUUGAUCAUAAUUGGCUACAGUAGGUAUAGAAAGAAAAAGGAAGAAACGCAGAAUGUGAAUGUAUACGUCAUCCCGACAGAUGGAACGUCCAACCUCGAUGAAAGAACUUUAACCAACAACUAUAAUGCACCCAACUACCGAGACUGCAAGAUAGACUCAAAAUAGACUAAACCUGCAUAGAUCUAAUGAUGUGAUUACAGAAGGACUGGUAGGAGGGUAACGGGAUGUUCCUCUCUCAUGUACACGUUCAUGUACAGAACAAAUAGACCUGCAGUUUGUCAUGGUCAACUGGGUGAGGCCAGCGGGACUGGACUCCAAUGAUGAUGUAAUAUACAGUAGAUACAGGGUUGUGUACUACUAAAUGGGUGCGAGGGUCAAAAUGUGCAGAACACAUAUAUAGUAGCUUGUUGACCUCCAUUUUUGGUUAUUUGGCAUAGUUACAACAAGGAGAAAGCGUAUAUAGAUCAAUAGAACUAAUUUUAUUGUACAUAUAUGCAAUUCACAAACAUUUAAAACAGUAAAAUAGGAAGAAAAUAUAUAGAUAUCCAAUCAUAUAUAUAGUAAACUCCGGGGAUAACCCAAUAGAGAAAGGAGAUAUGGAGGCCAGAAUAAUAGUAGCAGAUACAUGGGUCCUAUUGUAAAUCAGUAUAUACGGUGCUUAGGACUUAAAGUGCAAAGCUGCAUAAAGUGCUAUUUCCAGAUUGGCACCCUGGUAGUAUUAAAUAUAUUGCACAUAUAGUGGGACAAGUCAGGCUAACACAAAGAUACAAUACAAUAACAAGUGCCUAGUGGCUAAAAUGAAGGCCUCCAGCACCCAACAUUUCGUCACCAGACUUCUUACCUUACUACUGGGGUGACACACUGUAACAAACCUCCUCCUCAUGUAAUCACAUUACUUCUGGGGUGACACACUGUAACAAACCUCCUCCUCAUGUAAAUUACCUUACUACUGGGGUGACACACUGUAACAAACCUCCUUCUCAUGUAAUUUCCUUACUACUGGGGUGACACGCUGUAACAAACCUCCUCCUCAUGUAAUUUCCUUACUACUGGGGUGACACGCUGUAACAAACCUCCUCCUUAUAUUAUUUCCUUACUACUGGGGUGACACACUGUAACAAACCUCCUCCUCAUGUAAUCACCUUACUACUGGGGUGACACACUGUAACAAACCUCCUCCUCAUGUAAUUUCCUUACUACUGGGGUGACACACUGUAACAAACCUCCUCCUCAUGUAAUUACCUUACUACUGGGGUGACACACUGUAUCAAACCUCCUCCUCAUGUAAUUACCUUACUACUGGGGUGACACACUGUAACAAACCUCCUCCUCAUGUAAUCUCCUUACUACUGGGGUGACACACUGUAACAAACCUCCUUCUCAUGUAAUUUCCUUACUACUGGGGUGACACGCUGUAACAAACAUCCUCCUUAUAUUAUUUCCUUACUACUGGGGUGACACACUGUAACAAACCUCCUCCUCAUGUAAUCACCUUACUACUGGGGUGACACACUGUAACAAACCUCCUCCUCAUGUAAUCUCCUUACUACUGGGGUGACACACUGUAACAAACCUCCUCCUCAUGUAAUUACCUUACUACUGGGGUGAUACACUGUAACAAACCUCCUCCUCAUGUAAUCCCCUUACUACUGGGGUGACACACUGUAUCAAACCUCCUCCUCAUGUAAUCUCCUUACUACUGGGGUGACACACUGUAUCAAACCUCCUCCUCAUGUAAUCUCCUUACUACUGGGGUGACACACUGUAACAAACCUCCUCCUCAUGUAAUCACCUUACUACUGGGGUGACACACUGUAACAAACCUCCUCCUCAUGUAAUCACCUUACUACUGGGGUGACACACUGUAACAAACCUCCUCCUCAUGUAAUUACCUUACUACUGGGGCGACACACUGUAACAAACCUCCUUCUCAUGUAAUUACCUUACUACUGGAGUGACACACUGUAAUAACCCUCCUCCUCAUGUAAUCUCCUUACUACUGGGGUGACACACUGUAACAAACCUCCUCCUCAUGUAAUUACGUUACUACUGGGGUGACACACUGUAACAAACCCCCUCCUCAUGUAACCACCUUACUACUGGGGUGACACACUGCAUCAAACCCCCUCCUCAUGUAAUCUCCUUACUACUGGGGUGACACA